AACAAUGUAUGUAUGCGCCUGUGCGGAUGUGACAAUCUCCCCCGCAACAACAUGCCCCUCACGAAGAAUCUCCUCAAUCCCUCCCUGCAAGAGGAAAAGAGGAAGCACAGGAAGAAGUGCCUGGUGCAAAGCUCCAAUUCCUACUUCAUGGACAAGAAGCACCCACAAUGCUAUAAAAUCACCACCAUCUGUAGCCACGCACAAACAGUUUUGUGUGUUGGCUGCUCCACUGUCCUUUGCCAGCCUACAGGAGGAAAAGCAAGGCUUAGAGAAGCAUGUUCCUUCAGACUGAAACAGCACUAA